AUGAAUAUAGUCAUACCGCAAUCCCCUCAAAAGAACUCCACAGAGCAGUUUCCAGUUAUAUUAUGGAUCCAUGGCGGCUCUCUUCUCCACGGGAGCGCCAACUACGGAAUCUACGAUGCCGUUAACCUUGUCUCGCACAGCGUUGAAACCGGACGGCCGGUACUGGUCGUCAGUUUCAACUACCGACUUGGGUUAGGUGGAUUUCUUGCCAGUAAACAGAUAGCAGCGGAGCUGAAAGAGAACGGAUUUUCUGGGAAUGGGAAUUUCGGAUUCACCGAUCAACGGCUUGCGAGUGAAUGGAUUCAGAAAUACAUUGCUCAAUUUGGCGGAGACGUGCAUAACGUUUCAGCCUUUGGACACUCGGCUGGUGCUAUUUCGAUUGGGCAUCAUUUGGCGGCGACUGCCAAUACGUCGAUGCUAUUUCAUCGCGCGGUUUGUAUGUCUGGUUUAGGUAGUACGCUUUUAUGUUCGAGUCCUGAAGAGCAUCAGGCUAUUUUUGAUGCUACUUGUCGGUUUUUCUCGAUUGAUCGAGAACAUCCGGAUGUACUGGAUCAAUUGAGAAGGAUACCUGAGCAGACUCUGGCUAAUGCGGAUCCGAUCAUUCAGGGCGUAGCUUCUGGAACUGAGUAUCCUUGUUUCGAUGGGUGGUUUUAUGCGCGUGAUCCGCAAUAUAUCAGCCAGACACCGCCAUGGCUUAAAUCAUUCCUUUUCGGCGAUGUUCAUGAUGAAGGAUUGAUCUCAAAGAUCAACAUUCUCAAAGAUACGUAUCAAUCAGUACGGGAAACUCUUCUCGGCCAAGUCCAAGACGCCACUUUCGUUGACGCUGUCCUCGGGGAAUACGGAAUUACGCCUGAUCUAUCGAGUCAAGAUUUGAUAGAUCAGACAUGUGAGAUGGGCGCGGAAGCCGUUCUCAAGGUCGAGAAUUAUCAGACUGCGCUUGUUAAUAGUCAUCUUGAGAACCGGCUAUUCAAAUACCAUUCGAUCAGCGCUCCCGAUUACCCAAUAUCCUACAAGGCAAAGCUUACCAUGGACUGGACGUUUUGUAUCUUUUCAUGA